UCGAUUUUUGUUCCAGCUCUAUGAGGGAAGCAAAACAUUAUUAUUUUCGUCGUUUUUAUUUUUUGAUUAUAUAGAAAAGUCAGUGGUCGAGGAACAUGUAAAAGUGAAAAGCGACAUAGCUUUUUUAAGCAGUUUGACAGUGAACAGGUAAAAACGAAGAGCAACGAAUAAUUUGGCGAAAGUGCCUAGCAGACGGCGAGAGUGUGAAAAGGCAGCGAAAAGAGAAUAGAGAAAAAAUAUAGCAGUCAGAUUCGUGGGCGUGUGUGUGUUUGUGCGUGUGACAUAUUGUUAUAAAGAAAUUUCAAAAACAAACGUAGUAGAAAAGCAGAAAAACAACAAUGCAUCAGCAACAACAUCAGCAUCAGCACCAAAGCAACCUUGCUGGUUACAACAACAAAAUGAACGUCUUGCCCAAUUACACGCUCAGCGGAAUGAGCUCCUUUGAUGCCGAAUCGCUACCAGAUUAUUCAGAAUUUGAUUCCGAAUCGGUAACUCUGGACUAUUACAAGGAAAGUGUUCUACGUCCACCAGCGGAGAAAAUGGCGCCAACAACAACGAUUGAGACCAUCACAAUCACGAGGCCGCUUAAGGUGAUUGCAUUUAUAUGCGGAGUCAUCGUGGUUGCCUUGAUGAUCAUGGCCCUGGCAUCUACAGAUUGGCUGAUGGCCUCUGACUGGCGGCAAGGUCUUUUUGUCCACUGCAUCGAGGAUGAUUCGGUAGCGCCGCUACCAUUUAAUAUCCAAGAUCCGCCAGGAUGCUAUUGGACCCGAGAUGUGGGUUACAUUAAGGCCACAGCUGCUCUCUGCAUUAUUACCCUGAUAACGGACGUCAUUGCCACAGUACUCACAGGUCUUGGCCUCCGGACGCAAAAUCAUAAUCUAAAAUAUAAGUUCUAUCGUAUAGCGGUAUUGGUGAUGCUUGUAUCCUUGCUGGCCGUGCUGUCCGCUUUGAUCGUCUAUCCCGUGUGCUUUGCCGGCGAGCUUACGUAUGGUAUGGCUAAUCGGCGAGUCUGGGAAUUCGGCUGGGCCUAUGGCGUUGGCUGGGGAGCGGCCAUCUUCCUGUUCGGGGCCGUUGUCCUGCUACUCUGUGACAAGGAGUCGGAGGAGAUCUACUAUAAGGAGAGGAAAAUCGUACAUGAAAACCAAAUGCGCGCCUAGGCAAGGCCGCACGACCUGCCUGACGUCGUUCUGUAGACUAAGUAUAUAGCAACCAACCAACAACAAGAACAACACACACAGACACAUAGAUUUCGAUUUAAAUCAGACUCAAGAACAGAAGCAAUUUGCAGCUAAAACGAAUAUGUUAUAAUUAUGAUUGUGUAUAUCAUGACCAUUUCAAACCAAAAAAUCCGUAGCCAUCAACUACCCCACCCACCCACUACAACCAUCUCAUAGUACUCGGCAUUUGUUUAGAUGAGGUUUCCCCAAUGAGUUUAUUUUGUGUUCGUUUCGAAAGGUAAUCGUAGACAAGCCACAAACACACGACCCACAUCUAUCAUGUAGUCAGUCAGACAAGUCAGUCACAUGUAUGUACGUCUAGGAAUUCUGAAAAAGCUAAUCGCAUUAAACAAAUCCCCUCACUCGUAUAUACAAAUUGCAUGCCCAAUGAGUUCCACAAACAUUGUAACCAACUUUUAGAGCUUGCUUUUCCGUAGAAAUCAGUAAGGAGAGCAAGUGCCAGUUGAAAUUAGGCCUCUUUACAAUAUUGUACUCAUACUCAGCUACAUAUAGAUAGCAAUGUACUCCACAUGUAUCUCAAAACCUAAUCGUGAGCAGAAUCUAAAUUAGAAUUUUUAUAUGUACGUAAUCGAGAGAAGACUAGGUAACCACGACAUAUUUAGCACAAUGUCCCAUCGUCAUUGUCAACGUUUCAUGCCGAUUACGCUUUUAUAAUAUUUUCUUUUAGUGCUCUAUGAAUCCGUUUCGAAUAUUUUAAAUUACAUAUGUGUUUGUCCCAGUUGUAUUGUGCGACUAACACUCAUUGUACUCGAAUAUGAGUUGCUCUUUUACCUUUUGUAAAAUAGUUUAACCAAACUGUCCAGAAUGUCCCCGAGCCGUUCAGUUAUCGUUUAAGCCGAUUUUUAAGUGUAUUAAUUCGUUUUUUGUAAAAGUAUCUUUUGUGUAACCACCUAUUUUUUAAUUAUUUAUUGAUAUAUUUGUGUUCUUACCACACUCGAAAACAUAUCACAUGCAAAUGACAAACAAUAAAAUGUUUAUGACACCUUUUGUUAACACUUUAA